AUGAAUCUGCAGUUUAACUGGGACCGUCUCGACGUCACGGCUGCCGAGGCGAUUCGGGCACUAGUGAAUGCUAGAUUGGAGGAGGAGCUUUGGCGGCGCGCCACACUCGCAGAGGAUGCUGACUCCCCCGCGGGACGCGGCUCCACUCGUGUCGAGACGCUUCGUGUCACAGGCAUUGAAUGGGGCAUUGUGCCUCCAUUCAUUGAGAUUCUAGAACUUGACGACGCGCAAGACUUUAGCAGGGCGAGUUCCACCACGCAUGACCCUGUCCACGGCCGCCCGGAAGCGGUGUCGCACUGCGCCCCCUUCCGUCUCUCUUCUUCGGUUUCCUCACAGCACGGCUGCGAGUACGCAAGUGAAGUGGACUCCUUGGUGGGUGCGUGUUCUGCUUCGUCUGCGACGAAGCGAAUGCCUGGAACAUGGUUGGGCGGUAGUCUUUCACAAAACAACUCCCCUCCUGCUCAAGCUAAGGAUGCGCUUGCCCCAUUCAUUGGUCCAGGGGGACUUUACGUCUCUCUGCAUGUUACGUAUGGUGGCUCCAUGCGGCUGUUGUUGUCAUGUGUGCUGCGUCACGACAUUCCCCUUGGCCCUAUUAGUUUGCCUGUGCGCAUGCCGAUAACUCUCCUCGUGUCGAAGCUGGAUAUGGAUUUUUAUCUCUCCAUCAACCUUCACCGCAACAACUGCCGUGUUUGGAUGGAGCCGGGGAAGCUCUCAACCUCACCCAUAACGCGAAUGAACAUUAAGGCCGUAUUUGGGGAACGGCAGGGAGGAGCGUCAGGUUCACCGGGCCACGCGGAUGGGGUUCCAUCGGUGGGAGAAGACGUGGAGGCAUCCGACGCGUGGACGCAGGUGACUAGCAGCCAUCUUGGCUCGGAGGAGGACGAUGCGGUGUUCACGGAGGAGAGUGUCAUCUCGCAGUUCGUUUUAAGCGAAAUUCGUGCAAUUCUGCAGGAGAAAAUUAUAUACCCUCAUUUUGUGGAGCUCCCUCUGUUUCUCUGA